AUGGCGAUGCGCAAUUCGCCGCUCAGCGGCCUGUCAUCGCGCUUCUUCAAGACCGUCCGCACUACCAACCAAUUCAUUCGCCCAUUCCACAAAAAGACCACUCCUACCGUGCCAUCUCCGACCCCUUUCGUUCCCGAUGUCCCGACCUUCCUCACCUUGAUCGGCCGCGAAAUGUCAAAGCAAGCGAGCAAGAUUCCCUCAUGGGAGGACCUUUUCACCUACAACUCGAACCAGCUCCGCGAAGCUGGCGUUGAGCCCGCGCGCCAGCGCCGAUACCUCAUCCGGAAGCGCGAGAAGUUCAGGCACGGUCUGUACGGCCCCGGCGGUGACUUAGUAGAGGUGGUUGAUGGGGUUGCACAGCUGCGCGUUGUCCAAGUGCCUGCUGGAUCAACUGGCUUGACAGAGGAAGGUGAAGGCUCGGAGGUGAAAGCUUCAGCUACAUUGUCACCCGGUAUGGUGAAAACUCUUGUCAACAUGGCACCUGAUGCCACCACUUUCAAGCCGAGCAAGAAUUACGAGUUCAAGAAAUUCGCGCACAUGAGAAUUCACCGUGGGACUAGUCCUAAAGGUCCAUACCUUCAACCUUUGAAGGGUAGCAAUGGCACUGCUGCUACCAUCUCGGUUCAGGAAGGCAUGUGGGAGGACAAGCGCGGACACAAGGUUGAUGGUGGUGAGCGACGACGCAGGGAGGUCCAGAACAAGAAGAGACUGGAUGAGAGGAGAAAGGCAUAA